AUGGGACGAUUAUUCACAGCUGUAAGCUGGCAUUCCUGUCCCAAAGCCGAUGAAGAAAAACAGAUACUACGCGGGAUAAAAAAGCCGCACCGCUCAAUGAGAGAAGUCCACCCACUCGUGAACGUAGCAACGGGGGAAGUUUUAAGAGUUAAAAGCAUCCCUUAUUGCUUUAAUCAGAAGCUCCCAUAUAUCUUCAACGUUGUCCCUUUGGGAUAA